AUGGACGACACAGAUACCGCGAGAAAUGCUGCGAGCAGGGCGGGCUCUGCAGAAGUCAAGGCCGAGUCACCGGACGCGACCACCCAGAGCCACCAGCAGCAGCAGCAGCAGCAGCACCCGAAUCAGCACCACCACCACCACCAGCAACAGUCAGCGCCGCCCAAGAGAACAUGCGUGCACGCUUCCCUCACCUGCAAGCGCGAGCAUGUCCCCAAGAAAAGGGGUCCGAAGCGCGGCCAUGGACGGGUCAUAAACGAGCUGCGCGCAAGGGAGUCGUCCCAUAAAGAGCAGCAACGGGCCACGAGCCAGAAACCUUUCAAUGCAGAGAAUGCGCUCGAGAGCCCUACAGAGUAUGUGCGGCGUCGAUUGUCAGCAGCAUGCCCGCCGCUGAACGUAGACAGCCUCGACAUCGGGAUGAGCAGUAGUGACAUGGGAGAGGCGGCAUCUCAGCAUUCAUCCAACGCCUCCGCAGCCUCAACCCCGCCGAGCUUCUGGGCCGCCAUCACAUCCAACCCGGGACACAGCAACGUGCCGGAGCCCAGUGGCAUGUUCUCGAGCGACGAACUACGACCGAGGACGAGGAGCUACCUUCACAUGAUCCCGCAGCUGGUCGAACUAUACUACGAACACAUCUACCCCAUCAUGCCACUCAUUUACAUGCCAUCGAUACGCGAGACAAUCAACCGACCCAUGACUCCCAGCGAGAAGAACCUCGUCUAUGCCUUGUGCGCCCUGACUUCGAUGCACAUGUCUGGCAAGAGCAUCGGCGCACCGGGACCAACGUCGUGGGAAGUCGUCGGCCGCUUCUUCCUGGACGAGACCAUCUCAAUAAGGCAUUCGUACGAUUUCCUGGAGGAUCUGUCGCUGUAUGCGGUGAUUUCCUCGUUUUACCUCAGCACGUCCUUUUUCGAGAUCAACCAAUCGCGCAAAUCGUGGUACUACUUGCGAGAGGCGUUGACAAACGCACAGGACCUAGGACUGCAGGACGACUCGUCAUACUAUGGGCUGAGUCGCGAAGAGACGCUUUGUCGGCAGAGGGUUUUUUGGAUCCUGUUCGUGACGGAAAGGUCCUUUGCAAUCUUGCGCAACAAACCGAUCACGUUCAAGAGAACGCCGUCGCUUCCAACAACGCGACAUCCCUAUGAGGGUCCGGACAUUCACGCCGGAUUCUUGCAGCUCGUCUCGUCUUACACCCCACUCGAUGAAUCAUUCGUGACGGCGUGGAACGAGGGGUCCGAUCCCCGCGUCAGCGCAACAACCUUCUUGGCGCUACAGAACCUCCUCUCCCUUCCUCCAGCGUUUCUCCGUCCGCGAGGGCGAUCACCGACGCAGCCGCACGAGCAGCUGAUGGGCUCUUUCGGCGCCUCGUCCGCCGCCAGAGACCCAGGAGCGCCGGAGCCAACAGAUAUUCAGAAGGCGGACUUGCUCAUCACGCAGCAAUGGCUACGCCUCAUUGUCUGGCAGUCGUCGAUGAGGCAGGGCCUGCUGAGCUGGACAAACCCAGCCGACUCGGGAGGAGGCGUGUCCUCGGGCAGCGGAGUCGGAGGGGGAAACAGCAUGUGCUUCUCGUUUCCGCUGACUGUUGCACGCGACACUGCAUCGAUUCUGUCGAGUCUCCCAAGCAAAGCUGUCGAGGUGCACGGGAUGGGCAUCAUGGAGAAGAUUUUCGAAAUCGGAACAUGGUGCGUCAACGUGCUGGGGGCGUGCGAGAGUGUUGGUUUCUCGACGGCCAUGGACUUCACAUCAGGCGACAUGGGCGUGUUGAGUAGCGGUAGGAAAGGGGCAAGUCUGGAUCCGAUUGAGUUUUUCGUUCGAACACUGAGCGCAAGCGACAACUCCCGGAAACAAUUCGCCGAAAAGCUGCUCACCGCUGCCGGGGAGAAUCCGGGGAGCAUGAGGACACAGCUCAGUCCGGCCAUGUCUGGGAUGGGGGCCGCGGCGGCCGCCAUGAUGGCUAACGGCCAGGGGCCCAACGCAAUGGAUGCAGCAGGGUGGAGCCAACAACGGGGAAGCGUAGUUGGUGAGGUCUUUGACGACAACGAAGAGAGCAACGGGAACACGCAUUGUCAGCAACAGCAGCAACAGCAGCAACUAGACAUUGGCGACACUCCGAUGCAUCAUCAACCCGGCAUGCAAGGUAUGGGACUCGGCAUCGAACUUGGCGCUAGAGAGCCGAACGGCGGCCUGGGCGGCGUAGACAUGGACGCGAGCAGUGUUGAUCUGAUGAGCCCCUUAGGUUUGACAAGAAGCAAUACCUCCGACAUGGCGUCCAUGGGCAUGCCCGGAUUCGAUACGGCGUGGAGCCCCAGCAGCGGCGGGACCGGAUCGCGCGAUUACACGGACUAUAGCGCCGGACCAUAUGCGGCGCAGAGAGAAGGAGGACCACCAGGCUAUCCCGACAUGGCAAACGGAAUCAUCAUGCAGGACCGGAUGGCAGUCGCCGUCGGAGGUCGCGUCGGAGGCCCCGUUGGCGGAGAGACCUCCGUGAUGGGCGAGCGUCCACUUCAUCACCAUCAGCCGGCAGAUAUUGGGCCCUAUGAUCCAAGGAGGGAGGACAAGACCGGUGGAUACCAAAACGGAGUCAGGGUGGGCCUGUGGUUGGGGACAUGA